AUGGAUAGAAAGUCUGCUAGAAUAAAAGCAGAGUUACAAAGAUAUGGUUGGAGAGUUUCGAAGAAUUUUAAAUAUAGGAAGGGAAGACCCAUAAAAGUCUAUGACAAAUUGUCUGGUCUUCGCUACGAAAUGGAUUUGGAAACAGCACGUGCCAAUUAUCCAAACAGACUAGAGAGGUUAGAAGAAGAACGUCUUAUGGACAUGCCUUUCGAUGUUAGUGAACCUCAAGUUGAAGGACACGACGGCUUUGCCAGAUUCUACUGGAAACAUGACGAACAAUUGCAUCCUUUGAGAAGGAAAAAAGGAAAAGGUGAAGACGCACAUGCUCCCAUGGAAAGAACAAGAUAUGCAUAUGAAAAGUAUCGUGAAGUUAGAAGUCAAAUUACAUCUGGUCGAACCUUUACAGUAAACUUUGACGAAGGAAAGAACAAAGAAGGCUUCAUGGGAGUACUUGCUGCAAUUCAAGACGGAAAUAAGAAAGGACACAAUCUCAGAUUGACCAUAACAGAUUUGGAUGGUCACAUUUACUAUGCACAUGGCAAUGAACAAACAGCCGCAAAACUUCUUGACGCUUUCAAGACUACAAAGAGAGAACAAAUGGUUGACUCCGACUCAGACAUUUUGAAUGCAAUUGAAGGAAUUGCAAGUGUCAAGUUCGAAUGGUACCAACCUAACCCUCAAGCAGUCAGACAACAUGCUGGAUACUUCCCGUUCAUAAAUAAGUCUGACAUUGACUUGACAAGGUAUGGAAUUUACAAUUCAAUUGAAACAAUUGUCA